UUCACUAUGGAAAAUACAGCAAGAGAGUUAGAACAUAAACUAGUUUGUUGACAUUAACCAGAGCUGCGCAUUUGAGUUUUUGGACAUGUUUGUGGUUGCAAACCUAAAGGAAAAGUACUGUUAACAAGUAUAAACAACGUAGCAACAGUUGUUUUCUAAUGUUUAUUAGCCCUAGCGCUGACAGUUCGAUGCUAGCUUCUAAUUUGUACAAGCUAGCAUUUGUGUGUAGCUGGCUAAGUUACGCAGCUUAGAUACCAAAGUCCGUAUGCACUGGACGCGAGGAUGGAAGUGGCUGUUAAAGGGAAGGUCAAAAGGAGGCACCUGAAUGCAGCGGAGUGUGAUGAACUGGGACAAAGUGCGGAGGGCACCAGUGCCCUCACCCUGCCCCACACCGUCAAGCAUGGGCCAGGCAACCGUGACCCCAGCAGGUGGCUUUACCCCAGGACACCCACCAAGCGACAGAAGUUUGGAGUCAUCAGUUCCAGUCCACACAAAUCCUCCCAGCCUUGCUCAUGCACACACACAAAUGGACUCAGUGGAGAACAAAAGGAGGAGGAGGAGGAUGACGAUGACGAUGUCAGCAUGUUAGCUGCAGCAAUGACACCAGAACCUGAAGCAGAGGAGGACGAGGUUGACGAUGUAAGCCUGUUAGCUGCUGAGAUGGGGCCAGAGUCUGAGACAAAGCAGCAGGAGGAGUUGGUAGAUUAUCUGGAGGGAAUGACAACAGAAAUGUUCGGGGAUGAUGAUGAAUUUGACGCAUGUGACAGUGACAUUAAGGACGAGGAGGUGGAGGCCCUCCCUGAUGCCCACUAUGGACUCCUGGGCAGCGGCAAGGUUCUGAUGCAGCCCCAGGGCUGCAUAGAUGACCUUCCAGAGGAGGUGCUGAGGCAAGUACUGUGCCAGGUCCCUGCACAGGACCUCUACCGUAACGUCAGCAUUGUCUGCCGUCGCUGGAAGAACAUCGUCCAAGACAGCAAGUUUGUUCCCUUCAAGAAACAAUACUACCGCUACGUGAUGAGGGAGCAGGCUACAGAACUGGAGAUCGUCUCCAUCUUGAAGAAUAGCGGCAUAACAAAUCCAGCAUUAUCGCAGCACAGCAUACGGUACCUUGUUGUUUUAAUGGCCCAGCAUAAGGUCGGAGAGCGGGUGAGACCGGAGGAUGUUCUGGAGUGUGUUAAGAAACAUCGCCUUUUUCCUCAGGCGGAAGCCUCCAUAAGAUUACGUAUUCCUGACAUUCAGAAGCACUUUAACCUCGGCACGGCGUGUCCCAACCCGUACGCGGCCAUGGCUGUCAUACUGAUCCUAAGUGAGAGUGUUGCUGACGUGCAGGCCUUGGUGUCUCUGCUGAGCGGCUGCAUGUCGGACACCGCCAUCACAGAGUACCUCAGCCACAUGGCCACGAUGUUGCUCGCCUUAAAGAGGAACAACAUCCAGAUUAGUAACAGGUUGCAUUACAACAUCUACUAUGUGCUUCAUCUGAUGGAGAACGGCCCCUUUUCUGUCGGCUCCGGUCAGAGCGGGCGGCCUCAGAUCCAUCUCACACGUGAACAGCAGCUGAUCCUCAGCCACGACAUCCAGCAAGACCACGUGGUGAAGAUCGUGGCUUUUGCAGGUACAGGGAAGACAACCACGUUGGUGAAGUACGCCGAGCAGCGGCCGCACCUCCGCUUCCUGUAUGUGGCCUUCAACAAGUCAGUGGCCAGUGAGGCGCAGCGCCGCUUCCCCAGCAACGUAGACUGCAAGACCGUCCACGCGUUGGCCUUCAAUGACGUCGGGAGGAGCUACAGUCUUAAUAAGAAGCUAACCUUCAACCUGAAGCCGUUCGUCCUCAACUCUGUUCUGCCUGAAGGCCGUGGCGGCUUCAUCAAAGCCAAAGUGGUGACAUCGACUCUCAGCGCCUUCAUGGCUUCGACGGACAGGGCUAUCACUACCAGACAUGUCCCCUGCACCCGUGUAACCAAGAACGGCAUCCGGGAGGGAAUAGACGAAUAUGAAAAACCGUUGUUUGUCCGUGACGCGCAGAUGAUCUGGAAAAAGAUGAUGGAUAUCAAUGAGACAGAAGAACAUGCUUAUUACAUGACCCACGAUGGGUACCUUAAGUUAUGGCAGCUCCAAAUCCCGAAGCCCCAGUUGUCUAACCUCUACGAUGCCCUCUUCAUCGAUGAGGCCCAGGACUGCAAUCCAGCCAUCAUGGAUGUGCUCCUAUCUCAGACCUGUGGGAAAAUCCUGGUUGGAGAUCCUCACCAGCAGAUCUACACCUUCAGAGGAGCAGUCAAUGCCCUCCACACUGUGGACCACACACACAUCUACUACCUGACACAGAGCUUUCGGUUUGGUGCUGAAAUUGCUUAUGUGGGUGCCACCAUCCUCAAUGUGUGCAAGAGUGUGCAGAAGAUUCUAGUGGGAGGAAAGCAAAAAGGCGGUGUGUGUGACGAGACCGCAGAAAAUGUGACAGCAGCUAUGAGGCAAGGUGUCAGUCAUUGUCGGGGGAAGACGGCCAUCUUGUUGAGAUGCAAUCUUAGUUUGUUCACGGAAGCCGUCCAGCUCACUGACACCAACCCGCUCUGCCGGAUCCACUUCAUAGGGGGUGUCACAAGUAUCGGCCUGAAUAGGAUCCUGGAUAUCUGGCAGCUGAUGCAGGAGUCAAGAAAGGUGAGCCGAGGACCAGGCCAACAACCAAAAUUCAGAGAUCCCCUCAUUCGCUCCUUCGCCAGGAGAAAUCAGAAUCCCUUCUGGGCCCUGAAGAAGUACGUCACUCAGACGGAGGACAGGGAGCUGGAGGCCAAACUCAGCAUCGUCGAAAAAUACGGAAGUCGCAUCCCUGAACUGGUGAUGCGCCUGAACAGGUGCUUUGAAAAUGACUUUAACAAAGCAGACUUCACUUUGGGAACAGUCCACAAGGCUAAAGGUCUGGAGUUCGACACUGUGAUAGUCUCCGAUGGCUUUGCCAAGGUUCCCUAUUCGAGACACAAUAUGCACAUCAAUCCCAACUUCUCGUUCGCUAACAUUCCUGACGAUGAAUGGAACCUCCUGUAUGUGGCGGUGACUCGCGCCAAGACCUCGCUGGUCAUCACUAAGACCAUCCGCCGCAUCCUCACAAUGGCUGGGGAGUACUUCCUGGAGUCGCAGAUGCCCGGCUCCUUGCUGAGGGCGAGCGAGCCUGUCCCGUGCAUCGUCACAGACUGCCCCAACUGCAUCACGCCCAGCUCGGCCUUCGUCAUGUGCAAACGACAGAUGAAAUGUAGCGAUGGUGUGUCCGCCGGAGGCCCAUUGUGUGAGAGGUGUGUGUGGACUCGCAUCGGGCCCACUGCCUUCCUCAUGACGGACGACGUGCUCUCAAUGGCUGAAAUCCCUCGAAUGCUCGGCCCGCUGGACCACCACGUGAUGUUCCUGGCGCUUUUUUAACAUUCCUACUCUCAGGACCUGAAAUAAAACUGUCUUCUUUUACGGACCGUUGGAGAAGCACUUUCACGUCACCGUUUGAAACGCUGACCAAGACUGGAAAUGUAAGGUCUCAGAUCACCCAGCGACACUGAAGCAGACUGAAAGCUAUAUGCAAUGUGACUGUUUUGUAUUCUUUGUGAGAUAAGGGGAAUUGGAUGUUGUAAUAUCUGAUUGAGAUGCCCUUUUAGAAAGGCAAUCACCAGCCUACCUCAGCCCUCAGCAGAGGACUGUCUGAGCAUUGAAAAAAAAGAAAAGAAACUGUUGGCAGACUUCAUGAGUUUUAUUUAAAAAGAAACAACAAUGUCACACAUUGCAAGUGCUGUUCUUCUUUAAUCAAAUCUUUUUUGACUUUUUUAUAGUUUGUUUCAAAAGAUAUGUAUUCUGACCUUUUUUAAAGUAGAUAAUAAGAUGAAACUUGACUUUUCACUCCAGCAGUAGUGUUGAAUGAGGCACUAACAACACUCCACAGUGUUGGGCAGAUUGACGACUGAACUGGAAUUUACUGAAUUCUGUCCAAGUUCUUUCUGCCAAACAGCCGCUAUUUAUCAGCCCCAGCUUCUUUGGGAUACUAUCAAACAGGAUUUCCAGUAACAUACCAAAGAAUCUUUUCAGCACAUUAGAUGAAAAUGAGAGUGAAUUAUAUACCUGAGAAUGACUGUGUGAGAAUACAAAGUCAUGUACAAGAGGCUAGGCUGAUUGUUAAUUUAAAUUUCAGUUGUAUAUGCUCGGGAAUUUAUUCAUCCCGAGCAUAUACAACUGAAAUUUUCUUACAUUUGGAGAAGAAGUGGGAGUGAGCCGACACUGGUGUACAGGACUUGACCAGCUGUGAGUUUCAGUCUGCAGAGGAGUGACAGGAGAAUAUAACAGGAACUCUGUUGUGUUGACUUUUGGCUCAGAAAGUGUUUUGGUAUUACUUUAUUAUCAAGUUUAAUUGAACCGAAGAAGUCAAAGGACUUCGUUGAAAAAUAACAUCUGGAAAUGGACAUAAUAACUUCACUCUUGCAUAAGUUGUCAAUAUAGUUUUGACUUGAAAACCGAUUCUACAAUCAGCAGCUACAGAAAUCACUGAUUGUGUCAAGCCCUUCAUUUGCAACACGUCUAGUAUCUUUUAAAUAUUUACAAUUAUACAAAUCAAAAGUGCAUAGGAACAAGAAAAAAAAGUCUGAUUCACACUGCCUUAAAGCUGCUGACCCGUCACAUAUUUCAUGAGUGAUUUCAGUGGAAACUGCAGAGGCUUUCUCACUCUGACCAUUACGAAACUAUGAAAAUGUGAAGUCCAAAAGUAGGCACACAAAACAUUGAUGGAAAACUUUUUUUUUAAAAUACUAUUCAACAUUCAAUUCAUAAAUAUCAGGUGUCUCGGGAAAAGAAACACAUUUCAAUAAUAUAUUCAUACAGUGAUUAUUAAGGCAUACUUUUGAAACACCUCAUGGAAAACUUUGCUGAUGCCACACAGUAAUAUCUUCUGGAUACAGCUGCUAAAAGCCAAGAAUUGCUACCAACGUACACGUUUUACAUUAUUUAUGAAGAGGAAGCCUUCGUAUUCAGUGUGAGACAACAUGCAAAACAAAGAAAGGGACUCGAUCGGGUUUCUGCUGUUUCUGUUUUUUGAGAUGUGGGUGAACCGAUCCUUCCACACAGGGUGGGACACAUAUCAGUACUGACGAACACUUUGGUCAGUGCCCCUGGAUCACUGCUAUCUGCUAGCAGGUUGUCGCUUAAGCAAACAUUUCUCAAAGCGUUACAACAGCUAAACAAACAGCGACACAAAUACUUAGCUCUCUGGUUCAGUAAGGUCAUACAAGCUUGGGCAAAGAUAUGAGAUAAUGUCAUGAAGGCUGCCACACUAGCCCCAUUUACGUUUGAUAUUUAGCCUAGCUUAGUUUACAGCUAGCCAUACUAGCCUUUAGCGCUUCAUGUAGGCACUUAGCUAGCCUGCUGACAUUUCAAAAUCAUGAGUGCUAAGGACAAGAACGAGUAAAACAAAUGGCUGCAAACUAUAUUUUGACCAAAGUUUGUUCUUUGCUACAUUUAGUUUUAGCUCUGCCUCUGAGAACCGGUGUACCUGAAUCUGCUGCUAACACAUACAAAAUGUCUUUGUCUCUUAAUUUUCCACUGUCUAAUGACAAAACCCUUUAACUCUCCAGUUUCUUAAUUUUAAAAACAUACAAUUGGAGUGCAGAAUAUCACCAAGACCGUAAAAUCCCCACAGUUUGCUGCCACUUGAACAAUCAAGACUGGCCUAAAAAUGUUAAGUAAUAAGGCUUAUUGUCAAUUAUUCCCCUGACUGGAGCAAAAUCAACAAUCCUUGACUGUAGCACUCAGCACCAGGUUUGUUGGUUCAUACUGACUAAAUCUUGAAA